AUGGCGGACGCCGCGGCCGAGAAGCGCGCGGCGAACAAGUUCUCGCGCCAGAACGCCGCGCUAGGAGCGGAAACCACAAAAUUCCUGCGCGAGGCCAAGGUCCUCGUCGUCGGCCUGCGCGGCGCCGGCAUCGAGCGGCGCACGAAUCAAAUUUAGGCGCCUGCACACCCGCCUCACCGGUCGAUUCGCACAGGCGUCGAGACGGCGAAGAACUGCUUGUUGCAGGGCGUCGGCCACUUAUCACUCUAUGACCCGAAGCCCUGCGCCGAAAGUGACAGAGGUGCCAAUUUCUUUAUCGGCGCGCCGGACGUCGGCCGGCCGAGGGACCAGGUCUGCGCGCCGCGCUUGCAGGAACUCAAUCCUGAUGCUGUCGUCCACGUCGCCGAGGCGUUGGACGAAGACUUGGUGGAGUCGUGUACUUGUGUCGUUUUCACAGAUGGUGUCAAUAGAGCGGAAUUAGUAAGGUGGAACGAGUUCUGCCGGUCCCGCAUGACGGACGUCGUGGACGAGCGCGGCGUUUCUAUGACCGUAGCGGCACCGAUCAGUUUUGUGUGGGCGGUCUGUGCCGGGUUAUGUCUGUCGAUUUUCGUGGACCAUGGGGAUCAGUUCGAGUGCCGCGACGCCGACGGUGAAAGGCCUGUGGUGAGAUUGGUGGAGUCGAUCUCAUGUGAAAAACAAGGUUUGGUACGAUACGCCGUGCCCGACGGCGUGCCCGCGACGUCGCCGCCGGUCGACUCGUUGUACGCCUUUUCUGAUGUGCAGGGGUGCUGCGGGUCUGCUCUAGGAGGUAGUGGGUUGAACGACUGCGCCCCCUUCCCUUUUACUACCAACAGUGGAGACCCGGCGAACUCCUUUAGAAUUGGGGACACUACUUCGUUGUCACCUUAUGAGGGAGGUGGUCUCAUCACGGAAACGAAACGACCGAAAACACUACGCUUUAGAAGCUUAGGUGAGCGGUUAGUAGCGCCCGGCACGCCUUUUGGGAGUGACGGAAUACCGAUGACCGAUUACACGUUUUCGGGCAAGGAGGCGCAGGUCCACGCCGGUCUUGUUGGAUUGAUGGAGUUCGAAGCCAGUCAAAAGAGACUGCCCAACGCGAACGACGAGCAAGAUGCCGAAGAUGUUUUGUCUGCGGCAAAAACGUAUGCGGCCGCGUGUCAAGUUUUGAACACGGCGACGGCCGACGGCGCGAAGGCGCUGGACGUCACGAUUGAUGAGUCUGUAGUGAGAGCCUACGCGAGGCACGCGUCCGUGGAGUUGCAGCCCGUGGCGACGUUCGCGGGCGGCGUCGUGGCCCAAGAGGUCGUCAAAAGGUCCGGAAAAUACACGCCGAUUGAUGGCUUCGCGCACUUUGCGUUUCUCGAGACGAUGCCCGAUCCCCCUCCAGCCUUAGCUGAUCGGGCGCCGCGCGGUGACAGGUAUGACGACCUCGCGGCGGUGUUUGGGAGAAGCUUCGUCGAGAAGCUCGGUGAUUUGACUUAUUUUUUAGUUGGAAGCGGUGCUUUAGGCUGCGAGUUCGUGAAGAACUUUGCGCUGUGUGGCGUGUGUUGCGGUCCGGAAGGUUCGCUCACGAUUGCCGAUGCGGAUCGCAUCGAGCUAUCGAACCUCACGCGACAGUUUCUGUUCCGAGAACACAACGUGGGCCAGUCGAAAGCGCUAGCGGCGGCGGCCAUGGCGACGAAUCCGGGAGGACGCACGCGCGCGCCGCCCAUGAACGAACAUUUGAAAGUGACGUGUCAUGAAGCGUACGUCGGACCCGCGACCGAGGUAAGCCCGUUCACGGACGAGUUCUGGGAGGGUUUGGACGGCGUCUGCAACGCCUUGGACAACAUGGAGGCGCGGUUCUACGUCGACAAGGCCUGCGUGACCUUCGAGAAGAGCCUGUUGGAGUCGGGCACGAUGGGUACUUCGGGGAACGUGCGAUCUCCGCGUUUUGAGGUGUUGCGGUGCCUUCACUUUGUUGGUGUGACUCGUGUGCAUCUCACUUCCAUGAGAGUGGUUUCUUUGUCGAAUUUGAGUGAAUUCGGACCGAACCGCAAUGCUCCGCGCAGGUCGACCCCGUCGUGCCGCAUAAAACAAAAACUUACAGAGAAGGAGGUAAUGCGGCGGAGGGCCAGGGCGUGCCCAUGUGCACUUUGCGGAACUUUCCCCAUCUCAUUGAUCAUUGCAUCGAGUGGGCUCGCGAUAAAUUUGCCGAGUUGUUUGAAAAACCGCAACGGCGCGUCAAGAAGUUCUGUUCAGAGCCGCAGGCUACCUUGACCGAUUUACAGCGGAGAUUGGAGUCCAGCGAUCCGGCGGAUGUGGAAGGUGCGUCGGCCGAAGCGUUGUUGCUGUGGCAGGCGUUGGAGGUCGCCACUGCACCAUUAGAACAAAGGCGACAGUUAUGUGCUCAAAGAUGUUAUGAUGCGUUCCACGGCUUUUUUCGGGAUCAAAUUUGCGAUCUCAUACGGGCCUAUCCCAAAGAUGCGAGAGUGAUGAAAAAUGGCCAGGACAAGGGCCCGUUCUGGUCCGGCCACAAGCGCUUCCCCACGGCGGCCACUUACGGCGACGACGCGGACCAGUGGCGCUUUCUGGUGAGCGCGACGCACAUCCUGGCGCAGAGCAUGGGCGCGCAGCCUCGUAAAACGGAGGGCGACGACGACUACGCUUCUUCCGAGAGGAAUGAGGUCUUUGCCGCUUCCGUGGCCCAGACUUGUGUCAUCCCGCCGUACAUCCCGGGCACCGUCGACAAGGACAUCGAGGGCGACACUUCUGAUGUAGCGACGCCGGACAAUUCGGUAGAUGUGGCCCGAUCAAAGGGUUUGGAAGCCUUGCAGCGCCUGUCUUCCGUAAAUCUCACUUCGGUAGAUGUGGAACCGGCCGACUUCGAGAAAGAUGACGACUACAACUUCCACGUGCGUUUUCCGUGUCUUACGUGACGCGGUCGCCGCGCCGCCGUCGUCACGAGCCCACGAGUGAUAUCACACAGAUCGACUUCGUCACGGCCUGCGCGAAUUGUAGGGCCAGGAACUACGCCAUCCCGCCGACCGACUUCGACAAAGCGAAACUCACGGCUGGUCGGAUCAUCCCCGCGAUCGCGACCACCACGGCCGCCGUGACGGGUUUGGUAUUGCUCGAAAUGUUCAAGAUCCUCCAGGACAAGCCCGCGACGGAUUUAAGAACAAGACAGGUCGGCCUCGCGCUGAAUUACUACCCGUCCUUCGACGCCGACAAUUUGGUCACGUUCAAGACGAAGGACGUGCGCUCGCGGCGUCCUGUGGUGUCUUCACUUUGUCGCUGGGACUCGUAUCAUGUUGUGGGUGGUUUCUUUUGCGAUUUUGAGUCCGCGCAGGUGAAGACGAAGCCCGACGCCGUGUCUCUGCCGGAGCAGGCCUUCGACGCGAAGGGCGACAUCAAGCCCGAGUUCUACGAAGUUACGACGAUUGUAGCUUAUCCGGAAGGGCACUCGGUCUGGUCGAAAAUUGAGCUUCCCGAGGGUGCUGCGGACUGGAAGGUCGCCGACCUGAAGGCCUGGUUGUCGGACGAGCACAAGCUUUCAUUAACAGCCUGGAACCUGCCUUGCGGCGAGGUGACGGAUUCGGAUGGGGAGAAACGAGCUGUCAGUGCUAGAGUGUAUCCCGCGCCGGUCGCGGUGGAUCUGCGGAAGCUGCCUUCUCUAGAACUCUCAAAACCCCAGGCCAUGAUGGCCCUGCAGAAGCAGCGCGUGGGCGGGCUCAUGAUGAAGUACCUGAGCGAGUGGAGCAGAUACAAGCAGCUCGGGUCCUUACCGGACAACAUCCCGGAGCCCGAAAGAAGUACGGCGGAGAUGACGCUCCGAGAGAUCCUGGAGGUCAAGGGCAAGAUGCAGCUCGGCCACAAGCGCCGCGUGAUUUUAGAUGGGCUGUCGUGCUCGGUCACGCGGGCCUCGCCCUCGGCGAUGGACACGGACGAGCCGACCGAGGAGGAGUUCGACGUCGAGAAGCUCGCGCCGGUGCUGCUGAAGCUCUAGGCGUUUGCCCCUCCCGUGGACUAACUUUGAUCUAGUCUU